UCUCAGACGACACUGCGAAAGCCUCACCUCAGCUUUAGCAUGCAGUAGGAGCUUUUCAGAAGGCAAAGAGAUGCUUGGGAGCCUUAGUUACUUAAUGGUCCCCAGAACAGCACUGGUGGGAGGAGCCCAGGGCUAGGCUGUAUGCAAAUAUCACACUGAGAGGCUUCGGAUUGGUCCGCUCGGGAGGGGUGGGGCGUGCCCUUGCUGGUGGCAGGUGCUCAGGGCUGCAUCCGGCAAGGUGUGGUGGGCUCUCAGGUUGGAGCGCGUUGCUGAGGCUCAUCUCGGGCGAUGCUCCUGCUCUGGGCCCUGCUGGCCCUCGGAUGCCUGCAGUGUGGCUGGACUGUGGACCUCCAGCCCCAACUGGCCAGUGUGACCUUUGCCACCAACAACCCCACCCUGACCACUGUGGCCUUGGAGAAACCUCUGUGCAUGUUCGAUAGCUCAGAGCCACUCAGCGGCACUUACGAGGUUUACCUCUAUGCCAUGGUCGACUCAGCCAGCUCCAGGAAUGUGUCUGUACAGGACAGCGCUGGGACUCCACUGAGCACCACCUUCCGGCAAACCCAGGGUGGGCGGUCGGGCCCCUACAAAGCUGCGGCCUUUGACCUGACCCCUUGUGGUGACUUGCCCAGCCUGGACGCUGUUGGAGAUGUGAACCAGGCCUCAGAGAUCCUGAAUGCAUACCUAGUCAGGGUGGGCAACAAUGGGACCUGUCUUUGGGACCCCAACUUCCAGGGCCUCUGCAACGCACCCCUGUCAGCAGCUACUGAGUACAGGUUCAAAUAUGUCCUAGUCAACAUGUCCACAGGCUUGGUGCAGGACCAGACACUAUGGUCGGAUCCCAUCCGUACCAACCAGCCUACCCCCUACUCAGCCAUCGACACCUGGCCAGGCCGGAGGAGCGGAGGCAUGAUUGUCAUUACUUCCAUUCUCGGCUCCCUACCCUUCUUCCUGCUUGUGGGCUUUGCCGGAGCCAUCAUCAUCAGCUUUGUGGACAUGGGCAGCUCUGAUGGGGAAACAGCACAUGACUCACAGAUCACCCAGGAGGCUGUCCCCAAGACCCUGGGGGCCUCUGAGCCUUCUUACACAUCUGUGAACCGGGGCCCACCCCUAGACAGAGCCGAGGUGUUCACCAGCAAGCUCCAAGACUGAGACAAGCCCCAGCCCCAGGUCCUGGUCUUGUGAGCUGCGGUGAUGGUGUUGAUGCUCUGACAGGACCAAAGGCGAAGCAAGGCUUGUUGGCCUGGUCUUGUGAGCUGCGGUGAUGGUGUUGAUGCUCUGACUGGACCAAAGGCGAAGCAAGGCUUGUUGGCCCAACUUGGUCAUGAAAAUGCUUAAUAAAAUCUCAAGUGACAGUAUCUGGAAUGAAAGCACAAGCAGGGGAU